AUGAAGUCGACCUUCGCAGCCAACGACGAGGACGAGGUUGGAAGCGCACCGGCUCUGCCUGUCGCUCUAGUCCAGGCUUGGAAGCGUGCUACGGCUCCAAUGGAACCGCUCAGGGCUCGCAGGACCCUCGACAGGCCUACAACGCCCACCCGCCCGAGCGACACGACCCCCUCAGUGACACAGUACCCGCCAGACCCGUACUCGGCAAAGGUCCCGCUCACGAACAGACGUCGGAAACCGUCGCUCUCGGACAGGACUGGCUCGCCAGAUGGCAAGCGCGCGAGGAGGGACGCUCCCGCUUCCCUCUGGAGUCGCGUCGGUGGGGGGUUGGAUGUCGUUCAGCCAGGCGAGAACCGAGUGCUGGCGGGGCUCAUACUGCUCGGGAGUGUCGUGAGGUUGUGGAAGAUCGGGAGGCCAUCCAGCGUUGUCUUUGACGAGGUGCACUUUGGAGGCUUCGCGAACAAGUACAUCCAGUCGCGCUUCUUCAUGGACGUCCACCCUCCUCUCGCCAAACUCCUGAUCACGCUCGUCGCCUUCGUCUCCGGUUUCAAAGGCGGCUCAUUCGACUUCAAGGACAUUGGUCGAGAGUACGGGCCCGAAAACGUCCCCUACAUCGCCAUGCGCCUCCUCCCCGCAACCCUCGGACUCGCCCUGAUCCCGCUCGCCUACCUCACCCUCCGCGCCCUCCAACUCCGCCCCGCCACCGCCCUCCUCGGCUCCCUCUUCAUCAUGUUCGAAAACGGCCUCAUCACCCAGUCCCGCUUCAUCCUCCUCGACUCGCCUCUAAUCUUCUUCACCGCCCUCUCCGUUUUCUUCUGGGUCGGCUUCUCGAACGAGAACGACGUCCCUCGAGACCGAGGCGGGCGCGUCGGACCCUUCUCGCGACGCUGGUGGGUCUGGUUGACCCUGACCGGCCUCGCGCUCGGAGCGGUCGUCUCAUGCAAAUGGGUCGGCCUAUUCACCAUCGCAACAGUCGGCGUCUACACGAUUGUCCAGCUGUGGAACCUCCUCGGCGAUCUGCGUGUCCCCAUCCCGCUCCUGGCGAGGCACUUCCUUGCGAGAGCGGUCUGCCUGAUCGCCGUCCCGGUCGUCUUCUACAUCAGCAUGUUUGCGAUUCAUUUCGCCGUGCUCAGCAACUCGGGCGAGGGCGACGGGUUCAUGAGCUCCGAGUUCCAACACACGCUGCGAGGGCACGGGAUGGAGGACACGUUUGCAGAUGUCAUGAUCGGCUCGCGCGUCACAAUUCGCCACGUCCACACGCAAGGCGGCUACCUGCACUCGCACCCGUCGACCUACCCGGGCGGCAGCAAGCAACAACAGAUUACGCUCUACCCUCACCGCGACGACAACAACGUCUGGCUCGUCCUGAACGCGACAGCCGACACUGCUGCCAUCCCCGACCCCGAGCACCACGCGCCUCCCGCGCCCGUUCCCGACCACACGACUCUCGUCUUCCACCACCCCUCGACGCACAAGAAGCUUCACUCGCACGACAUCCGCGCGCCCAUCACGGAGGUCGACUACCAGAACGAGGUUUCCGGUUACGGCUUUGAAGGCUUCGAGGGCGAUGCGAACGACCACUGGGUGCUCGAGAUCGAUCAAGCGGAGUCGGACGGCCGCGUCGCCAAGAAGCAGCUUGAGACGCUCCGGACCAAGUUCAGGCUGCGACACCUCCUCACCGGCUGCUACCUCUUCAGUCACAAGGUCAAGCUUCCCGACUGGGGUUUCGAGCAGCAGGAAGUGACGUGCAACAAGAACCCGAGCAGGGAGAACGCCCUGUGGUAUGUGGAGACCAACGUCCACCCAAUGCUUCCCGCCGACGCAAAGAAGGUCAACUACCGCCGCCCGUCGUUCCUCGCCAAGUUCGUCGAGCUUCAAGCCGUUAUGUGGCAGACGAACCAGGGCUUGACGGACCGCCAUGCGUACGACUCGAGGCCGCAUAGCUGGCCGCUCCUCCUCCGUGGCAUCAACUUCUGGGUCAAGGACCACCGCCAGAUUUACCUCAUCGGCAAUCCCUUCGUCUGGGCGCUCUCGACUAUCGCUGUCCUCUCCUACGUCGCCAUCCGCGGCUUGCUCAUCCUGCGGGCGCAGCGAGGCUACAAGGACUUUGCGAACUCCCAAGUCGUCUUCUACGAGCGCGUCGCGACCUUCCUCUUCUCCGGCUGGUUCCUCCACUACUUCCCCUUCUUCCUCAUGGGCCGCCAACUCUUCCUGCACCACUACUUCCCGGCGCUCUACUUCGCCCUCCUCCUCGUCGCCACCUCGUUCGACUUCGCGACAGCGCGCCUCAAGCCUCGUCUGCGGCUCUACAUCACGGGCGUACUUGUCUUUGCGGCGGUCGGAGCAUGGUGGUACCUCAGCCCACUGGCGUACGCUGGCAAGUCCGACUACUACCCUCAUCCCGACGCUGUCGCAACUACCGCUACGUCCAGCGACGGCGCCACCUCCCUCGCCCCCGCCGUACAGCCAGGUCGAGCCGGCUUCGAGCCGGUUGAGAAGGCGCCAGCUUCGGGUGUCGGUGCUCCUCCCCAUCUUCCGCCGGUCGAGAAGCUCGCCGAAGCGGUGUGGGAUGCCGAGCGCGACGGACCGCUGUUCGAGCACGGCGUCGAGGCGGGCGAGAAGCCGAAGAAGGAAGAGGAGCAGAUGACGACCUCGGUCGUGCUCAACCAGCCUGCCGAGGCGCCUGGCGCGCAUCCGGAGGACGAGGGCGUCGCGAUUCCCGCAGCGGCCGAGGGUACGACUGCCUUGCCGGUCAAGGCGAUCGUGCAGGCGGACGAGGCUGGCGGUGGGAAGGCUGCUGGACCCGACGCCGAAGUUGAAGCGGAGGCGGAGAAGAAGGUUGGCAAGACGGGCGACCACGAGCACGAGGAUGUCGAGGUUCACGAGGCGGAGGCCGACGUUGACGCGCUCGAGCACGAGCAGGAGCAGGACGCGGAGGACUUGGUCGACGAGGAGCACUGA